AGGAGGCUGGUUGGGAGGGGGCACGGCACAUGGGAGAACGCAAGCAAAGUUUGCAUGGCACCCACCUUGUCCCUGAGGCCGGGAGCCGAUCAGAAGCAGGGGUGGAGAAUGGUGAGGAGAGCACUGCCUACCAGAGCCAGCAACUCCGAGAGCCAGGUGGGGUGACAUCAGGCCCUGGCGACCCAGAAGUGGCGCUUCCCCUGGAGGAGGUGGCCAGGGAGAAGCCCCUGAAGGCCCUGGAUGCAGACAAGGUGCUCUUAGAGCCCCAGGUGGCUCUGGACCACGACUUGGAGACAGACAUUUCCUUGAGCCGGCUGUCCAUCACUGAGCGGUACCCCGACACCCGCACAGCGAGGGGCAGGAGGCAUCGGCGACUGCAGGAGCUGGCAAAGCCCAAGACGGACUGGCAAGUAGUUAGGGACAGGACCAACUUACACUUCUGCCUCUAUUGGCCUUCCGUGUACUGGACAGAGCGCUUUCUCGAGGACACCACCCUGACUGUCACGGUGCCUGCCGUGUCCCACCGUGUGGAGGAGUUGGCGCGGCCCAGGAGGUUCUACCUAGAGUAUUUCAACAGCUGCAGGGCCUCUCCCAUCUGGCCUGUCCCUCGGACCAGCCUGGAGUACCGUGCGUCAGGCCGGCUGAAAGAGCUGGCUACCCCUAAGGUCCGCAAAAACAUCUGGAGCAUCAAGAUGUCAGAGGUAUCCCGGGUGUCUAGGGCAGCCCAGACAGCAGUCCCCAGCUCACGGAUCCUUCAGUUGGCCAAGCCCAGGGCUCCAGUCACACUUUUGGCAGAGUGGGACCUCAUGCCCAAACCCAAGGCCUAUGUGUCAGACUACGGCCGCCUCCUCCAGCUGGCCAUGCCUAAGACCCAGUCAGAAAAGUGUGUUCCUGACCGUAGUCCUCGCUGGGAGGUGCUGGACAUCACCAAGAAGGCUGUGGCCAGUCCACGGAUCAUCUCCUUGGCCCAGCCCAGAGUCCGCAAGGACCUCAAUGAGGAAUACAACCCCUACUACAUCUCCCCGGCCUCCCUGGUGGCUCAGGCAUCCCCACGCCUGUAUGAGCUUGCUACCCCCAAAAGCAUUACCAAGAAAGUGUGACCGGGUGCCUCACCUCCCAGCGCACUCCCAGUAAACACCCAAGUGCAUCCUGCCUGUGUACGUGUUUGCUCUGGGCUCUGAGGCCAGGGAGGGGCUGGGGGUAGC